AUGUCCUCCGCCAAACUCACCACGCCUGACCAGCAGUGGGGACGAGUCCUCCUCUGCGGCGGCACCGACUGGCCGCGACUUGGCAAGAAAGACAAGGGAGGGAAGAAAGCUCAGGAUGACCCCACCUCCACGGACCUGCUCGAACCGCACAUCCUCCGCUCGCUGAGCAAUGUCCGCGCGGUCUCGAUCCACGCCUCGUGCUGCGGCUGCCACUGUGUCGUGCUCGACACCGACGGCGUCGCGUGGCUCUUCGGCCGGAACGACAAGGCGUGCCUCGGCCUCACCGGCACCGACGCCAUUUCGGAGAACGCGCCGCGCAGGCUCGCCCCGCACGCGCUUGUCCACGCCGCCUGCGGCCGCAACCACACGCUGCUCGUCGGCAGCGAGGGCCAGCUCUGGUCCGCGGGUGCGAACCAUGCGGGGCAGUGCGGCCACCCAGCGUGCCCGGAGGUCCAGUCGUUCAAGCUGGUCAACGGACCGAAGCUCGGUGGGACGAAGGAGAAAGUUAUCAAGGCGGGCGCUGGGAUCACCUUCUCGGUGGUAUUGACUGAGAGCGGAAAGGUGUUCGCGUUCGGAAGCGAAGAGAAAGGGCAAUUGGGGAACGGGCAAGCAGGGGAACGAAUUGUCUCUGCAGGCAAGUCGGCGUUUGACUAUGAGACGGAGCCGGUCCUCGUGAAGGGUCUUGGCGAGUACACCAUGGCCGACAUCUCGUGCGGUCCCCAACAUACAAUUGCCAUGGACAAGGACGGACGCGUCUUCGUCUGGGGGUACAACGGUUACUGCCGUCUGGGCACCGGAAAUCAGGCCGACCAACUCGCUCCCAAACCCGUCCCUCAAUUCCUUGGACCGAACGAGAUAACCAUGGCAUCUCAUGUCAUUGCUGGGCCAUCGUGUUCCGUCGUGAUUGACAAGCAGGGUAUGUUCUACAUGGCGGGCAAGUGGAAGAACACCGGGGAUGGGUCGGGCGGACAGCCGUUCUCAACAUUCAAAUUCAUCCAAGACAUCAUGGGAUGCAAAAUUAUACAUGUGGCAUGUGGAGGUGUCACUCACUGGGCUCUUGCACAAGAGGAUGACGGUGUCAUGACGAUCGCCUUUGGCCAGGGUGCUCUGAAUGGUACAUUCUCUCGCACUACAUCAACGUCAUCCAGUUCGCCCUCUCCCGCCAGCCCCCCUUCGGUCUCAUCGUCUGACCUCCCUUCCUCUCACUUCCGCAGAGUCGCCGGCGGCCAAAACACGUCCUUCAUCCUCGCCGUCCCGAGCGAAAAGCUCUCCGACCUCCCGCGGCAUCCCUACGAGGUGAACCCGCCCGAGAUCUGCGUCGUCUGCGACGAGGACACCGGCGAAGACGACUCCCCGCUCGAGUGCGACAAGUGCGACUACCCGUACCACCUCCAGUGCCUCGACCCCCCGCUCGACGCCGUCCCGGACGGCGAGUGGUUCUGCCCCCACUGCGCCACGACCCCGGGCGGGCCCGUCUCGCUCGACGGCACGCGGCCGAAGCCCACGCGGGGCGUCAAGCGCUCCGCAGUCGACGAGUCGCCCAAGCCGGGCCAGAAGCGCAAGGCGGACGCGCAGUCCGCCGCGCCGAAGCGCAAGAAGUAG